ACUCAAGGUCACUUCAGCGUUGCUAAAUGGUUGUUCAUAAAUUAUAGUUUUACAAAAAUUUGGGGAAAACAGCACAAAAGUCCUGAAAUUACCCCUCCAAUCGUGGUCUGAAUCAACUCCUAUUUCAACUAGGCCCUUCGAAUGAAGUAAUAAUUAUUACUAAUUACCGCUGAUGUGCAAUGUAAAACCGUCUCAAUAUAACGGCUUAUUAUCAAUGCUUGGACCCAAUUUUAGAUAUUCCCUCCAAGUGUAUUAAUGGAUAACUUUGGAUUUUAUGCUGUCGUUGUUGUGACCGUUGUGUUGUGUACAACUUUCAAUAAAUUGAAGCGAAUUUUACAUAAACAUCUACAAAAGAUUCGUAGUAUUAGUGCUGAGUGCGAACCACAACGUUCUAAUCAUGAAGACCUUUUAGCAGUAAUCAAUCGAAGUGAUAUCAAAGUAUCUAUAUUUUACGGAUCUCAAACAGGGACUGCUAAAAAAUUUGCUAUUAAUCUUGGUCAUCAUCUUCACAACUGCGGCGUACGUAACUUGGUGGUGGAUUUGAGACAAACAAACAUGGACAUAUUAGUAAAUUUGUCUAUGCUGGACACCUGCGUAGCAUUGUUCCUUGUUGCAACUUAUGGUGAAGGUGAACCAACAGAUAGUGCUCGACAUUUUAUGGAUAAUCUGAAGAAUUCUUACCAGAAGUUGGAUAAUUUACGCUUUGCGGUUUUCGGAUUGGGCAACAGUAUGUAUACAUAUUUCAAUGCUGUUGGAAAGUCAAUCGACCGUUUGCUUACCAAACAUGGAGGUAAACGUUUACAAGCACUGACUUUGGGAGAUGAAGUGGAUGAACUAGAAUCUACGUUUAUAAAUUGGAGGAGUCACUUAACUUCGUUAUUGAUCGGCUUUUUUAAUCUAAAUGACCAUGAUAGAAAUUACUUAAACAAGCAGUAUAAACGAAUAUACUCUUUAAAAUGUAUUAACUGGAAUGUCCCGCUUGUUUCGCACUUCGUGAAUAUGUUUAUAAAUAAGGCUCACGUUAUGGAAACGUUACCAUAUGAAAACGACAAUUAUUUCUAUGCUUCUGUCGUUAAAAAUCAAGAACUGUAUCAUGGGAGUUCACGUUCUUGUCGCCACAUUGAAUUGGAUGUGUCUGCUUCUCAACUUAGAUAUAAAACUGGUGAUCAUAUUGCAAUAUUUGCACCAAACCCUUUAGAUCUUGUCGAAAAAAUUGGUGAUCUCUUAAACAUUGAUUUGAAUGAAAUGAUUAGUUUAGAUGCUGUUGAUCCUUAUAGUUUAACAAAGCAUCCUUUCCCUUGCCCAUGUACCUAUCGUCAUGCAUUUAUGCACUUUGUUGAUAUUACUGGACCUCCUGGAAAGAGUUUAUUAUCCGCAUGUUUAGAUUCAGUCGCAAAUCCUGAAGAAUCACAGUUUGUUCAGCUUCUUAUUUCUGAUAGUGAAGAUGGAAAAAAAUUAUACUCAAAAUGGAUUUUAGAAGAUCAUCGUGGACUAGUCGAUUUGUUACAAGACUUAAAAUCAUUUCGACCACCAGCUGAUCUUUUGUUGGAAUUGUUGAACCCUCUGAAACCAAGAUUGUAUAGUAUAUCAUCAUCUUCAUUAGUUCAUACAAAUCGAAUACAUAUAACUGCUGCUAUACUAAAUUACAAAACAAACUCAGGACGAAUAUUCAAAGGACUAGCUACUAACUGGUUGAAAUCCUUGCAGACAGCAGACACUCAGAGACAUUUGAAAAUACCUGUCGCCAUUCAUACCAGUAAUUUUAACUUGCCGCGGAGUCGUAAAAUCCCAGUCAUUAUGAUAGCUUCUGGGACAGGACUGGCUCCAUUCCGUGCAUUUAUACAAGAGCGCUUAAAGAUGGCUCACGAUAAAGUUGGCAAGAAUGGACAGAUGGUAUUAUUUUUCGGUUGCCGGCAUGAAAAUGAAGAUUUUAUUUAUUCAGACGAAUUAAAACAAGCCUGUUCUACUGGCCUACUUGAAAUGUUUACUGCUUUCUCACGUGACUCUCCCGAUGGUAAUAAAGUUUAUGUUCAGCAUAAGAUGCUUGAGAUGGGUAACAUGGUGUGGAAACUUUUGGAUGAAUGUUAUGCGUAUAUUUAUGUAUGUGGGUAAGUAAUUUUGAACUUUGCUCAACAACAUUUGAAGUUUGUUGUGAAGAAAUUCUGAUAUUUGUUGUCAUUUCGCGGCAGGUGUUGUGAGGUAUCUGUAUAAUGUAUUUGAUUACGGAAAAAAGUAUGUACAUUGGUCGGCAAAGUAUUAUUUACACCAGAUUUUUUGAAAAUUCCACUUCAAUGUCAUAUAAAUAUUAAACACAGUCCGUUGAAACUUUAUAAAGCUCAUAAGGCUAUAAGCUUUUCUUAACCUUUUAAGAUUAACCAUGUAUUUACUUUCACCAAAAUUGCAUCAUUCGCACUACUUGAAUCUCAAGUUUAUAAACGCUAUUUGCAUAUGCCACAUUCAUAAAGCGCCCCAAGAUGAUAAACGUCAAGUCCUUUGUAAUUUGGUAAUGAGUCUUUUUUCUUGAUAAUAUUUAGAUUUUUGUAGGUCACUUAAAUUGGUUAUCCUUUUCACAUAGUCCAACAUUUUCCUAUCAACCGUAGCUUUAUUCAGUUUUUAAUUCUUUCACGCUGGAGGAGCUUUACUAAUAUAAUUGUUUUGAGUUACCAGUUUUAAAUCCCCCAAAUUACGUCUAACUAACCAAGUUUUCGAAUGUGUCCUAUUUAUAUUCGGAAGCCUUUUGAAAGAUAUAGUUUAUCUAUGUUAUCGGAAUUCUAUUCAUAGCUCACUGAUCAGUGUCAUUCAAAUUAUGUCCAUUAAGCGAGAUUAACCAAUGGUCCUUAGAUAACUUUAGGUGGUUUAUAAUAGGGAUCACUUGUGCAACUGCUUAUCUUAAUCAUUAGUCUGAACUAAAUAUGCUUUUCGACAUGUUUCCUAGGGAUGCCGCUGGUAUGGUGCGUGACAUGCAAUUGUGUUUAAUCGAAUUAGUAGUACAACAUUCCAAAUUAACAAGAGAAGCUGCAACCAGCUAUAUACUAAACCUACGAAAGCAAGGACGAUAUCGUACCGAUGUAUGGAAGUGAUUUUGAAUAAGCUUCUGAAUAAUAUGUGUAGUGUACCACAUUUUUCCAUGAACCUUUAUUGAUAACCUCUAAUUAAUAAAGUCUUGUUAAAAUAUCUAGAACAUUUAUUUUCAUAUAACUUGGGUGAAUUGUUUCAGAGCUUACAUCAGCUGUCACAAUCUGCAGAUUCCAGCUUGGGUAAAGCAAAUAAGACCUCCCACUUAUGAUUUUUUAUUGGAAUACACUUGUAACAGUAACGAUGUUUCGUCAGAUGCUCUUUACAAAUAUAUAUUCAGACAGAAACACAACGAGUCAUUCCUGUACUGUCAUUGAACUCAUCUUUUAAUAUACGUGUGUCAUAGGUUAUGAUCUGUGAGGAUUUCCCAAUAAAAGCAUAAUGGAAUGAUAAUUCUUCUUAAUUUUAAAAGAGAUAGUAGUGGUACUAUCAGGGUAUAUAUCGAAGAAAACCGUCGUCAUGCGCAACGCGAAAUGUUGAGGAGUAGUUGGAAAUGACGAAAAGACGAGGUUUUAUUAGUGUUAGUUCGCCCAGGCGUCACCUACUGCUAAUUCAAAUGGACACAAAAAUACAGCGAUUGUAGGCGUCAUAUAAUGGCUGAAGGUAGAGAUAUCUUUACUCUUUAUGCUGUUACAAAUAAUGAAUUCCCUAAACUUAUCUUUCAACUUGUUUUUGUUUACACGUCUCAGUUUAUUAUCAUACUUUAGAUCAUUACUGAUACUUAGUAGUUAAUGUUCCUAUUGCGUUAUUGUUAAGUGUUAACUUAUUAAUGUGAAGAGAAAUAGAAAAGCGAUAUUGAACAACGGAAGCCAUUUCCUAGGACAUCGCUUCACUUACUUCAAAGUCUCUAAAGUACUAACAUUUGUCCCUGUUUUAUUUUAUGUUGGAAGCUUUCGUGUAACGUAUAUGUCACUGUAAUCUUUUCUACUCCAAAAUUACUGGAAUUCUGACGUAACGUUUGCACUCCAUUUUUCUACUCUAAUGCCCUAGAUUGGACGAAACUGUUUUUCUUAUUUUUUAUGAGUUUGUUGGGGAAGAUAUUAUCUCCAAAACUUAUAUUUGUAAUUUUAUCAUAUCGAUUAAAUGAUUAAAUAGCAGUCAACUGACGAACUCAUUGAAUAAUGUUUAAAAAUUUCCCAUGACAAUAUCGAUUAUAUAUAUUUGUAUAUAUACGUUUUAAAUUGUGUUUGUGGGCUCGCUCGUUUUCUGGCUGUUUUGCAGAAUAUAUUUUCCAUACC